AUGUAUCCUGAAAACGCCCACCCCGACGACGCCUACGUCCAACAUCAACGCGGCCAAUAUCCUCCUCAAUAUUGGUCUGCUGAGACACCAUCACAACACUCAUCCACACCAAACACCCUUCGCCCUCACCACGCAAGGAGACAGCAUCAUGCACACGGCAUAGAACGAGAAGAAGAAGACUCCAGCCCCCAGGAAGCACUCUCUCCGCCGCCGUCUUUCGUGCCCCACGCACCAUCACCGCCUUCCCAGCAGCAACAUCACUCAAACCCUUACCACCCGGAGCAGAACAACUUCCCUGCUCCUGUCGUCAUCGGCAGCAUGUUCUCUUCCCAGAGCCAGGACCCUUACACUUCCCAGCCGGCCGUUCACUUCAACGAGGCCCAGCUCGCCGUCGACGAGGUCACUAACCGCGCCCGCGCCAAGGGCUUCCGCGACGAGCUCACCAUCGCCGCCAACGGCUCCGUCACCCCGGGCGUCGACGACACCCCUUACCUCCGCUAUGCCUUGGAGGCCCUGACGAGGGAGCACGGCCACAGCGGCGGGUUCUCUCCCCCGUCCAGCGUUCCCUCUCCGAACGAGAACACCGGAUACUACCGCGCUGCCGGAUACCUCCCGGACGACCUGCAGAGCCCCCUCAUCAGCGGCGACCCUGACUCCGGCUUCUCUCCCAUGGUCCCCGUCCCUACGCACACCCGGGACUCGGUCCGCCGCCAGUCCCGGCCGCAUUCCAACGCCGGCGCCGAGAGGCCCUCCAUGUCUCUCGGCACCCGCAUCAUCUCCAUGUCACCGCCGCACUCGGCAGACUCGAGAUAUCAGCACAACCAAGCCCAGACCCCGGCCGGCGUAAACCCCACUGAGACCACGCCGAAAUGGCUCCCCAUCAGCGAGAGGGAGAGCGUCUUCCCGGGCAUGACAAAGAUCGACACCAUUGACGAGGACCGCGCGAUAUACCCCCGCCUCAACUUCGUCCCCGCGAUCCUGCGUCUCCCCUCCCUCAUCGCCCUCAUGGUGCUCUGCCUCGCCAUGAUCGCCUGCCUCAUGGUCGCCGCCAUCUACUCGCCAAUCCAACCCGGUCUCCUAACCUACGGCGAGACAAUCUACAGCGGCAAAUACUUCCUCUUCCGCAUCCUGCCCCAGCUCUUCGCCUCCCUCAUCUUCGUCUACGCCCAGUGCGUCGCGGCAGCGACCCUCCGCAUCCUCCCCUUCGCCGCCCUCUCCGAAGACGAGCCCAUCCGCCGCCGCAACGCCCUCUUCCAGAACCUCUACACCAAAACUUUCCUCCUCCCGCAGCUCGCCGGGCCCGUCCACGUCAAAAUCGCCCUCGCCAUCCUCUGGCUCUCGGCCUUCGCCAUCCCCCUCGCCAGCGCCUCCUUCACCGUCAUCCUCGUCGACGUCUGGUACUGGACCGCCGUCCAGGGCGUCGUCUGGACCCUCGUGGCCCUCUACCUCCUCGUCCUCGCCGCCGUCCUCAUCCUCCUCCUCUUCUGGCGCAACCGCGUGACGGGCCUCAUGUGGGACCCGCGCUCCAUCGCAGACCUCUCCGUCAUGAUCGCCCGGAGCAACACCCGCGACGCCUACCGCGGCGCAGAGGUCGCCCCGACGAGCAAGAAGCUUCGCUCCAUGCUCCGCAACCGCAUCGUCGACCGCCUAGGCUACUGGAUGACGGACGACCACCAGGAAACCCCCUGGUACGGCCUCGGCACGGAACACUCCCAGGGCCACACCCCGUCCGACCUCCACUACGACGUCAAGAACGAAUCCUCCUCCUCCUCCUCCGCCAUCGCCGCCGACGACCACCACGACGGCCGCUCCGUCACAUCCACCCUCCUAGCAGGCCGCUCCGCCCACCGCUCCGGCCUCGUAGAAACCUACAAACUCCCCUGGUGCCUCCGCACCCCACAAGUCCUCUUCUACGUCGUCGCCUCAACAAUCCUCCUCACGGCCCUCUUCGUCGUCUCCUUCCUCCACCGCACAUCUCUCGUCGCCGGCUUCCGCCCAGGCGUCCCCGCCGCGCCGCUCUCCGCGCCCUCCUCCUUCUCCGCCGCCAACUUUUUGUACAGCUUCGUCCCCAGCUUCCUCGGCCUCCUCCUCCUCCUCGCCUUCCAGACCCUCGAGCAGCAAUUCCGCAUCCUCCAGCCCUGGGCCGACCUCUCCACCACCACGGACGGCGCGCCCGCCUCCCGCUCCGUCAUGUGGCUUUCCCGUUCAUACUUAGUCUACCUUGUGGCAAUUAUCCUAUCUUGUUGUUAUUGUUGA